AUGACGACAACAACGACAGCUAAACCUACUAAAACUACAACUAAAAGUACUGCAAAACAACCAACUAAAACCAAAUCAGUUCCAGCAUCUAAACCAGGAUCAAAACCUCAAGUUUCACCAGUUCAACAAAAUAAAAAACAACAAUCACAAUCACAACAAAAAUUCAAACUGGAAUCAAGAUCAUUAAGUCAACAAGGUGAAGGUAAUAGUACCUCUAAUGGUUUAUCAGCAAGAGAAGCAAGUGCAAAAGCAGCAGAAGAAAGAUAUCAAAAAUUACAUCAACAAAAAGUCGGUCAAAAUGAUAGAUUAAGAAGUAAAUCAAAGCAAUCAAAAGCUGAAAAGAAUUUAUAA